AUGGCUGUCAGAAUCGCCGGGAAUUGCAAAACUCGCCGGAGAAGUCUCUCCGUUCAAUGCAUGAGUGAUCCAAAGGCACAGGGACGUAGGCGACGCAGAGACGAAGGGAAUGGUGGUUGUGCGCCAUCGUGGGGUGGCAGGACAUCGUCCCUCCAGUGGAUUUCUUUCUCGGCCAGUGGAUCUCUUUCUCGGGUCGCUACUGGUGUCCUGAGCUCGCAUAGGGACAAGUGUUAUUGCAAAUUUGCUUUCACUGUGGAGAAUUUCCAUUCCCUUUGCACAGGUGAGAAAGGCUUUGGGUACAAGGGUUCUGCCUUCCAUCGUGUGAUCAAGGAUUUCAUGAUUCAAGGAGGGGACUUCGAUAAGGGCAAUGGUACUGGAGGCAAAAGCAUUUAUGGGCGUACAUUUAAAGAUGAGAACUUUAAGUUGCUUCAUACUGGACCAGGAGUUCUUAUUAGCAUGGCAAAUGCAGGCCCCAAUACCAAUGGAAGUCAAUUCUUCAUAUGCACAGUACAAACGCCAUGGCUAAAUGGGAGGCACGUUGUGUUUGGGCAAGUUUUGGAAGGCAUGGAAAUUGUUAGGCUGAUCGAGUCGCAGGAGACAGAUAGAGGUGACCGUCCUACAAAGAAGGUAGUCAUUGCUGACUGCGGAGAGCUUCCAGUAGCCUGAUGAAGAUCACUUUUAGAUUGCUUUUCCCUUCUGCAUCUUUUUGGGCUUAUGUACUAUCUUGUAUCUACCCAGUCAGAGGCCUUUGUUUCAGAUUUCGUCCUGCGUGGAACGUCAACUUUUUCUUUGUGUCUGUAUUCCUGAUGGUAGAGUUUUGAGAACUGGGAGUUGUAGCCGAUUAGGAAAACUUGUUUACCAAAUGAAUGCUCAAGGAUGUUUUAGAACCGCGGAUGUGAGAGUUAAAUGAACUGAUG